CCCUCAUUCCAGCAUUCACGAUCCUCGAUCAACCGCGCCUGCUCUUGCACCACUAGAUUGAGCAGGACGGGCUUCGUGGUGUCGUAUUCUCCUACUUUGUCCUCACAUCGGCCUCCUCGUCGCGCAGAAGGACGAUCGCCAUCAGCCUGCAAGAGGCGCGGACGCCAUCUCGUCGCGAACGCGUCGCAUGCAUCCGCGAGGAUCAGUAGCAUUGGCAUAGCAUACAGCCAGCACUUCGCGUACUCCGAAGGUCAACGCAGCCUGAUCGCGCAGUAUCAUGAACCAGCAAGGCUCAGGCGGCAAUGCUGGCGGCGGCGGAAGCAACAAUGGCUUCCCCGCUGGCAUCAACCCUCAAGCCCUCCAAGCUGCCCUCGGCCAGGCGCAGCAACAGCAGCAGCAGGGUCAGUCCCAGAUGAUGGGAAUGGGCGGGUCGAUGAACCCGGCGCUGCUCUCGCAGCAGUCCACCCAGGGGAUGCCAAACAAUAUGCCUCAAAGCGCAGGAGGGGGCGGUGGAGGAGGCAACGACGGAUCAUCAUCCCAGCCCAGCAUGCUCCCCGCUGGUCUGUCCCCACAGAAUGGCAUGGCGAUGCUUCAGGCCCUUCGCAGCAACAUGGGCAACCUUCAAGCGCAAUGGUCAAACGUCAGCUCCCAGCCAGAUAGCCCCGCUAAGCAGCAGGAGCAAGGACGCCUGGCCAACGAGAUGAGACGGAUGAAAGCGAUGCAUGAUCAGCUGGUCAACAUGCUGCGCAGUCAGAGCCAGCAAGCUCAAAUGGGGAGGUCGCAGCAGGGCUCCCAGCAGCCGCAGACGCCAGCUACUCCUCAGCAGGCCAACGCGCCCACCCCUUCCAGCCAGCAGCAGCCGAAUCAGCAACCGAAUCAGCAAGGUCAAGGCCAACAACAGAGACCUUCAGCCCAGAUGCAGAAUCAGUCCUCCUCCGGUCCGAUGCCGGGUAUGAAUCCGUUUGGUCAGGGUGGGAUGGGAAUGGGCCAAGGGCAAGGCUCGAAUCAGAACCAAGGCUUCCCCGGUACACCUGGCUCCGUUGGAGGCGCGAAUGGCAUGCCCUUUGGCGCCGGUGACAUUCCGCAGCAUCAGUCGCAGCUGGCGGCGCUGCAGGCUUUUGCCCAGCAACAGCAGCAACGCCAACAGCAAUCUCAGUCUCAGCACCAUCAUCAACAGCAGCAGCAGCAGCGAGGACCUGCUACCCCGCAGAGCGUGCCUUCGUCGAGUCAUCAGCAGCAGCAAAGCCAAGGCCUGAAUCCCUCAGGACCUCCUCAGCAACAGCAGCAGCAGUCUCAGCCACCAGUCACACCUUCACAGCCCUCCGCUCUUCCUCCCGGUCUGAGCAACCUCUCCCAAUUCACCGCGAUCAUCAGCUCCUUCAUGUCGCAGCGCGGCACGCCCUUCCCACCCAACGUCUCCCACACCUUCAUUGGCCCCGCUCCAAGCUCAGGCAAUAAUGGCGGCGACCAAGGCACGCGCAACAUUGAGCUCAACGCCCUCUUCGCAUCGGUCAUAGGGAUGGGCGGCUCCGGACGGCUGUCUUCCACUACAGUUCCCGGCGCCUCAUCCAAUGUGCCGCAGGCUCUGACGGGCUGGAUCAUCUUGGCUAACAAGCUUGGUCUCGCUGUGGCCAAUCCUGAUCCGCAAGGGGAGGGAAAUAGAGAGCAGGUGCCUACGCCGGCGCAGACACCUGAGAGAUUGAGGAAUUGGUACAGGGAGCGACUGGCCCCGUUUGAGGAGUGGUGGAUGAACAAGUCGAGAGGAGCAGGGCAGCAGAGUGGACAGCCAAGUCCUGCUCCUCAGCCGCAACAGCAGCAGCAGCAGCAAAGACCCGAUGGGAUGCCUCAGCAGGGGUACCCCGGCCAGCAAAUGAUGCCCGGUCAGCAGCAGCAGCAGCCGCCACCGCAAGUCCAAAUGAAUCAGCAGUCUCAGCAUCCGCCGCAAACGCAAGGACAGGGCCCUUCAGGCAGCCAAGAAGGCAAGCCAGGGCAGCAGCAACCUGCUCUAAACCCCGCACAACAGCAGAUGAUCCAGCAGCUCGCUCACCAGCUACAGCGGGGUGUCGCAGAGGGCAAGAUCUCGAGCGAGGAUGCGAGGAAUCGUUUCAUGCAGGCACAGGCUGCUAUCAGAGGGCAGUCGCAGCAGCAGCAGCAGCAGCAGCAGCAGCAGCAGCAGCAGCAGCAGCCGCAGGGACCUGGCAUGAUGAUGGCUGCCGGUACGCCAGGCGGGCAACAGCAGCCUCCGCCUCAGCCUCAACCUCAAGCGGGACCGUCCAGCGAACCGGCGCAAGCUCCUACCCCCGCAGCGAGCACGACGAGCGAGUCUACGGACCAGAAGGGCAGCUCAGCCAGCAAAAAGCGACCGCGCAAGAGUGGGGGCCAGGCAGCAACGCCUGCUGGUGCUGGCAAAGCAGGCAAGACUUCCACCCCCAAAAUGCCAAAGCUGGAAGGGCCGCCAGGAAGUGGAGCCAGCGGAGCAAACGACAUGAAACCUCACAGUCGCCAAGGCUCAGUGCAGGCCCCGGGGACGCCAGCUAGCGGUCCCGCAGCCAUGCCGCCGCAACCGCCCUCGGCUGCACCUCACCUCACGCCCAAGACGGCAAUGAGGAUGCUACAGCAGGGCAACCUCAAUCCGGCACAACAGGCGGCGGCGCUGGCUGCUGUCAGGGCGGGAAGCGCGCAGACAAAUGCGCAGGCGCAGCAGGCUCAAAGGCCACCCAGCUCUGCUGGACCGCAAGGUCAGGCGCCUGACGCUCCUCCGCUCGGUCAGCAGUCGAUGGACGGUGGCCCGCCUCACGCUCAGCAGCAAGCGAGACAGCCGUCCGCUCCAGCCCUUCCCCCGCCCGUCGUGCAUCCCCCCAACAAGUACAAAGUAGAGUACCUUCCCCUCCGCCGGGAUGUGGACACUCACGCGACGUGGAAUCUAGAUCCCGUCGAAAGUGAGCUCGCCCCUCUCGCUCGAGGCUACGGCAAGCAGCCACGCUCUGUUCGUGAGCUCGGCACAGUGGACAUCUCCAGUCUGGUGUUCUCGUUGAAGUCGCGCCUCGAGAUUGAGGUGAGCUUUGCGCUCAACCAACUCUUGGUGCUGAGCUCCGGGAGUGGAGUGAGGGCGGAUGCGUUUCACGUGAGCUUGGCGCAUUGUGGUGACUUGGUGGACGAGCUGGUUGGGUUGCUUGAGAGGUCCGCAUUUCAAGAAGCAGGGGAAGAUGCCAGUGCAUAUACCGCCGUCAAUGGCGCCGAGCCACCUUCUUUCGACAUCGCGGGCCGGUCGACACACGUAGACUGGGUGGCCGAUGCCCUGCAGGAGGAAGAAGAGGCAAAGAUGUUCAAGCGGGUGAAGCAUGGUCGCUCGGGUUCUGCGCCCACUACUGGCGUGCGCGACGGCGAACUCGACACUGCGGGCCUCGACGGUCUCUCUAAUGGCUUUUCAUACACCACCGCUCUCUUCGCAGAGCGCGAGAAGAGCCGCAAAGCCGAUGUGGCACUAACAGUCGUCGACAUUUUGCGCAACUUUGCCUCGAUGGGUCAGAACGUUGAGCUGCUUGCCGAUCAUGGCCAGCUGCUGGUGUUGCUGGGAAAGCUGGUUGAAAGGCCGCCGUCAACUGGCAACCGCAGCGAGGACGACAGUGAGGAGGAGCAAAACGCCCGUGCAUCGUCGCCACACUCGCACGUCUUUACCACCACCGAGCUCCUUCGAGUACGCAAGGACGUCCUCUUCAUCCUAUCCAGCAUCGCUGGACCUUAUCUGCAGCUCGCAGAGCUACCUGUCACAACGGUGGCCUCCCUCUUCGACCUGCUCUGCUCCUUUAUGGUCGAUGGAGCUGCUAUCGAGGAGCUUGCGGGGCUCAUCUACGACUAUCCACCGGCACCACCGCCGGGUCCGCCGGGCAUGCCGCCGCCAAUGAGACCUGCCCCUGUGCCGUGGGCCGCCAGAGUGCCGCAUUAUGCUGAGAUGGCCCUCGACUCGUUUGCGCGGUUCGCCCAACCCGACUCCAAUCGUCGUCUUCUUUCCACUCUCAUUCCGGAGUCUACCCUCUACGACCUAGCUCAGACCCUCGUCCGCAUGCUACCCUGCAGCGAUAUCGACUUCAGCCUUUUCAGGACGGAGGCUCGCCUGGCCUACACGGAGCACAUCGCCAUGUGUCUCUACAAUGUAGUGUUCAUGGCCUCGAGUCGGCUGAAGGGUAAGCUGCGAAACGGGACGGCUGGCUGGGUCGGGAGUGUAUGGAGGGUGAUUAAGCGCACCGCGAGACAGGGAGGUCAGGCGGCUGGCGGUGGUUCUGGUGGUGGUGGACCAGAUGGGCAGAACUUUACGCAGAACCCGUUCAGCUGUCUCAUCUACCGAAUGGUAGAGACGCUCAAGCUUGUAGACGAGGCGAAGGAUAUGUUUGACCAGCAUCCCUCUCUGGCAUUCGCUGGUCAAGAGGAUGAUGGCGGUCCGGGUGCGAUGGGAGCGGGUAGUCCUGGAGAGGACGCUCGGACCAGAGGUGGUGGGGGGGCGAAGGCUCCUUUGCUCGCGCUGGAGGAGAUGGAGGUGGUGAACCUGCUCGCUACGCCUGGGCUGGAUGCGGUGCUUGUUGGGCAUUUGAGUAGUAUGAUCGCGGUGUGAGCGGAACUGUCACAGUGCAAAAGCGAGAAUGUACAUCCAGUGAGCGUAUGAGCCACGGCGUCGGG